UAAACACAAAAUUCAACAUAAUUCUGACGAAUUGAGCGGGAUAUAUAAAUUCAAUUGACGAGACAUUGUACCUCAAUAAAAGUUCUUUUAUAUCUCCACCGAUAGUUCGACAUACAUACAUCAAUCAACCAUGAGAGAUUCUUACAGCAAGAGAAAGUCGCACCACGGAUCCGACGAUCGUCCUUUUAAGAAAAGCAAAGGAGGUUCCAAUGGCAAAUGGCAGACGCCCCACCACAAAGCCAAGCUUGAGGCUCUGAGAGCUAAGGGCUUGGAGCCCGGUGAUGUGGGUUUGGCGACUACUUGCGUCAAGGGCAAGGAGCGCCAGGCGUUGGACGAGUUGAUGGAUAUCUGCGAAGAGUACGGCGCCACCCUCUACAACCUCAAGACCUCCGACGACGUAGAUGAAGAGGACGCAGACGAGGACAUCGAGUCAUCUAUCAAGAAAGAAGUGCAAUCCCUAAAACCCUCUAGCAAACCCGGUGACAAGGACACCGAGGCGCCGUUUGAACCUAUCCGGUUAGGACUGGAUUGUCUGCUCUUCAUGCGAACUCAUGCUCCAGUCGAUCCCGUUGAGCUGGCUCAUCGCAUCUGCAUCGAUGCGAGGGACGGGGUGGGGAAGGAUAAGGGUGGUCGUAGAUCCCGGUUUCUCAACCGUUUUACGCCGGUUACGGCGAGUGCGAAGGCUACGGAGGCUGGGCUUGAUGAGGUUGCGAAAAAGGUGCUUGGGGAGCACUUCCGACUAGCGAGCGAUAGUGAUGAAGGUGAUGAAGGUGAGAAGGAUGGUGGAGAUGAGAAGAAGGAAGAGGAGGAGGGAAAGGAGAUAUUCCAUUCCUACGCCAUCCGACCAACCUUCCGCGCACACAAUCUCCUUAAGAGAGAGGAUGUGAUUAAGAAGGUCGCGGGAUUUAUUGACACACGUCAUAAAGUCAACCUUACAGCCCCGGACAAAGUUAUUCUCAUCGAUGUUUAUCAGUCGUUUUUCGGGAUGAGCGUUGUGGGCGGCGAUUGGGAUUCGUUGAAGCGGUAUAAUCUCCACGAGAUCCAUAUGGCAGCGCUUAAGACUAAGAGCAAACCGAUGAAGGAGGUAAAGGAGAAGGAAGGGGAGGAGGAAGUGCAGGUAGAUAAGCCAGAACCAGAACCUGCUAAGUGAGCAUGUUAGGUGGUAGGGGUUCUGGUUGUAAGAGACAUGUUGUCUACUGUUGCUUACCUAGCUUCUGUGGACGAUAUAAGAAGCUGCAAUAUGUAUCAUCGUAAGUUGAGUGGGAAUUUGAUGGUACUGGGGGAUCGAAUAGAUAACAUUAUUCCCAUCUCUUUGGCAAGACUUCGG